ACCCGCUGCCAUUAUCCCAGGCCGCCCGUAACAGAACCUGAACGCUCUAAUCGCAGCUUCCAACUCUAUGGUAGUUCGGCGGCGGUUUGUGGUGACGCACAUCCGGCAGCCUGACCCCUGUGUGUUCCCGCACGCUGUACAGACAUGUCCUCUCCAUCAGAUCUGCCGCUUGAGACUGUAGCGAGAAGCCCCAGCAUUGAGGAGGAAGAUGAAGAUGAUGAAGAGCUGGAAGAGACUUUAUCCGAGAGGCUCUGGGGACUGACCGAAAUGUUCCCUGAAAGUCUCCGAACUGCGGCUGGUGCCUCAAUGGACUUAUCCAUCUGUGCUGCCAAGAAGUUCUACAGUUUUUCACGCUCUGCAUUGUGGAUAGGAACCACUUCUUUUAUGAUUCUGGUUUUGCCAGUAGUGUUUGAAACAGAAAAACUUCAAAUGGAGCAGCAACAACAGCUACAACAAAGACAGAUACUCUUAGGCCCUUCUACUGGAAUGUCUGGUCCUCUCCCGCCACUUCCAGGAAAAGCGUAGGACACAAGCACCCUAGUCAUUUGAAUUUUUUUUUUUUUUUUUCUGUUUGAUCAUUGAUCAUGGUUAGCGAAAACAUGGAAGACCAAGUCUCCUUGGCCAACAUCAACCUUCUUGAGUGCUGUGCGUGGAAUUCACCUUAUCGGUGAACUUGCUCUCUUAAAGCUAAGGGGCCAGAAUCAUAAAUGACCCUCUGCAGUGAGAAGUUUGCACUGGAACAUCUUCAGCCGCUCUCUGUAACAUAUGCUGUGACUCUGGGGUGGAAGGAAUAACACCUAUUAGAUGGCCCUAUGUGGAUGACAUGCAAAUGGCCUCAGACAAGUGGCUGUUCAAUAAAAUCGUUACUUUUCUCUCGCAUGGCAUUUCUGAACUUUUCAUUGUGCCCCAUGGCCCCGCUAACAGCCUGUAAGCCUUCUGCCAGGGAAAGGAUUGUUUCAUUCUAUGAAGCUUUACUGUGAUACUGAACAGCAUUCCACAAAGGGGUUUCUGGGGGGAAAACGUAACUUUUGAAGGAGUUAGUUACAGAAAUGUUUGAUGUUACAAAGAGAUACAUCAAACAGCCCUUGCUCAAAAUGAUGUAAUUCCAGAGGGGGUUGUAAGUUAAAGGAACAGUAACCACAAAAAAUGAAAAUGCAGUAAAAAGUAUUUAAAAUAUAAUGUACUGUUGCUAAGCACUGGCAAAAGUUGUGUGUUUGCUUCAGAAACACUACUGUAGUUGCUGUGUAGCCUUUUCUACUUUGAAUGGCUGCCCCCAAGGCUACACAGCAGCCUUUUUUAUAUAAACUAUUGUAGUGUUUUUGAAGCAAACACUUUACUUUCAUUGUUGGUGUUACUGUUCCUUUAAAUAAACAGGUUUCAGUUAAUGUCUUGUACUUGAUUCAGUGUUUUUGCUAUCAAUGACAGCCCUGUAUACUACCAUAUACUAUGUCAGCUGUCACAUCCAUUAUUUCUGGAAUACUUCUGGCCACCCCCUGGUAUUUGUUCUUGCAUUAAAGGUACAUUGCAUUCCUAAAUGUUGCAGGGCACUUUGAUCAUGCAGAAGCCUCCUUUAAAAGAAUGCACGUAUAGAUUGCAGCAUUCGACUGUCGACUGCCUUCUGAGGGUGUCACAUUUAGCAAGCAGUGCCCCUUGAACUGUGGGACUACGCCAGUGGAUGGGAUAUCCACUAAUAUUUGCCUCCAGUGUUAAUAAUCCUUGAACUGCAGCCAACCUGACAGCACAGCAUGGAGAGGGAAGACUGAAGUCUGAAAAUGAGUUCAUGGCCAAUGGUUUAUUUUUUAGAUGCUAUACUGUGUACAGACAUCCUACGUCUGCAGGACUUUUAAUGCCUGGUGAUUUUGUGGAACUGGUUAAUAUGCCUCUGUUUUUAUUUCUCUUGUUUUUCCACAAAUUAAAAAAGAAAAAAUGAAAGUAAA